GGGCAGUACAAAAAAGCAAUUAGCAGCCUACAUCACUUGGCAGCUCUUCAGGGCUCUCAUUCUCCACAGCAAAUUACAGGACAAGGAUCACUAGAAAAUCAGAGAGCGCUAAUCCAGUUAGCAACAUGCCACUUUGCCCUUGGAGAGUAUCGGCAAACAUGUGAAAAAGUGCUUGAUCUCAUGUGCUGUAUUUUACUUCCAAUACAAGAAGGAGGUAAAGUGCAAGAGGAGCAACCUAAAGUGAAGUCUAAAUUCAGGAAAGGGUCUGAUUUGAAGCUUUGGCCAUGUACCAGUAGAGCUAUCAUGCCUUACUGUCUUCAUCUAUUGUUAGCUUGUUUCAAGCUCAGAGCUUUCACGGACAGCAGAGAUGAUAUGGCGCUGGGCCACGUAGUUGUUCUGCUUCAGCAUGAGUGGCCGAGGGGUGAGAACUUGUUCCUGAAAGCCAUCAACAAAAUCUGCCAACAAGGAAACUUCCAGUAUGAGAAUUUUUUCAACUAUGUCACAAAUAUUGAUAUGUUGGAGGAAUUUGCUUAUUUAAGAACACAGGAAGGAGGGAAAAUUCACCUGGAACUGCUGCCAAAUCAAGCAAUGUUGAUCAAGACUUCUAGCCCUCCCAUGGGGUUACAAAAGCAGGAAUUCAUACCUGUGCUACAGCCCAGCAUACAGACUGCUGACAGGCACCAUACCGUUACCCGGGGUAUAACUAAAGGAGUGAAAGAAGAUUUCCGCCUGGCCAUGGAGCGCCAGGUCUCGCGCUGUGGGGAAAAUCUCAUGGUGGUCUUGCAUAGGUUCUGCAUCAAUGAGAAAAUACUGCUGCUCCAGACUCUGGCUUGAAUGGACUGGAUCGUGAUGCAGUGGAGAGAGGGGAAGGCUCUCAAGUUGUAUGAACAGCAGUGGGGCAGUGGAAAAUCACCUGUCCAGAGAGUCAAAGGAGUUCCCUAUGAGUUACAGUUUCUGCAGUAUACAAACACUACUCAGUGUUUGUUUACUGCUUAGUUUUCUUAUGUGGGUAGAUCAAACUUUAUAAAUAAAACUUUGUUUAAGAAAUUCUCUGUCA